UCAUCGGACGAAUCAGGACAAAUCAUUGAUACUAACCACGGCAGGAAUAUCAGCAAAGAAUCCUAUCGGAUGCGACAUGCAUGCAUAUGAUUGAUCAAGGAAAAUGAAUAACCAGGACUCCUAAACAAGAAUUUGGUCGAUGAGAUAUGGUGCACAGACUCGCGACCAACCUGCGCCAGCAUACUCUAUUUAAAUGCACCAAUUUGAGGGCUGUUCACGACGAACUAUCAAACGCAAUACUUGCGAGCGAGAAUUCGACUAAACCGGCUCGUUUCGUGCACCAGCAUGAACCUAUUAUCGUAUCUCUACGCUUCCGACGUCCAUGUGUCAGCGAAAGUUAUGUUUUUGACUCGUGCAAUGAUCUCAUGGUCCGACGCGAUCCUCUUGUAUUCUCUGACACGCCGCUGCGCUAGCAAAAAUGGACCGACCGAAAGGCUGUCCAAGGCGAGCGAUACUCCUGAGCAAACCGCCGGAGUUAGUAACGUGUCAGAGUCGUCCAUCAGGAACCCGGGCGAUUUAGGUGUUGGACAUAAACUUGACCAUGUCGGGGCGAGUCUCAAGGAGUACUCUGAUAAAGUAUUACUGGCGGUUGCACGGCACAGGAAAAGACCAUACCAUAUGUACCAGUUGCUGUUUAGUUUCGUCCCUCCCUUGGGUGAUCAUGAACUAUCCAACUUCUCGCACAACGUUCAUCUCCGCUGUGUCUGGAAGACUGUUGACAAUAGCCCUGUGAUCGUCGUUCGUCAAGCAUCGUUGUUGUCGUUGUCGAUCACGACGUGUUCCUGCACAUACCACGGGAUUCCUGUAUAUGCGAAAAUUCUGAAAAGGGAACUCAAGUUGUUGAUUCAAUACUACACGAGCAUAAUAGGUGACCAGGUCGCACUGCAGGUUGCUCAACACCCUGUACUUUACUUUUCUUCAGUCAAGCAGACAUAUAACGCCAUCUACGUCGCAGAGAGCGCUUCU